AUGCAAGGCGACAUCGCGUCGCGUCGCCAAAAAACCCAAAAAACGCUCGUCGAGAAACAAGCCCAAGCCGCCGCGGUGGCCACCGAGGCGCUUCCACCGCCGCCAUCGCUGGCCAAAGGGACGAAGCGGAUCCUCAAGCAGAACGGGUGGGACGCCAUGUCUCCACGGGCGUGUGUGAACCGACUCCUCGCCGACCACGCGCUGCAUCGGCGAGAGCACGACCAGGAGCGCACGCGGCGUGAGACCAUCGACUCCGAGACAGGCCAGGCGUUCUUCCGGCCGAAAAUCAACAAGUCCAACUUGCAGCGCCACGGCGACAUCUGCGUCGAGCUGUACGACCAAGCCAAGGCUACGGACGAGAAGCGCGCUGCGCUCCAGAGCCAGCUGCAGCACAAGGCCCAGCAACUGGCGACGCCGCGCAUGAACCCAACGUCGCUCAAGGUUUACAAGAAGCGACUGCUUCGUGAAGUCGACGUGCUCUUGAGUCUGGUGCCGGGCGAACGCAGCGACGACGGGACCCUCUCCAGCGACCACCUGUUGCAUGUGUUUGGCUACUUUGGCGUGCUGCCGCCGACGGUGGCGACGCCAGAAAACACCCUGUGGCAGCACCUCCAAGCGACCGUCACGACGGUGCGUGUGCUCAAAGAGUGGCUCUUCCGCAUCGUCCUCGCACCCGCAGAGCUGCGGGGCGCGCAAAAGCAGCUGCGCCAGCACUACCUCUCUCGAGACCGCCACGCGAAGCGCACAAGCGACGACGACGCGGCGCCAAAGCACGGCCCAUCAGCAGCAGGCACGUACUCGAUGCACGGCCACCUCGUGUCGGCCUCCAAACCGGACCCGACGAUCGCCCGCCAGCGCGAGCUCGACGCCAAGCUGCAGUGGCUCCGCGACGAGAAGCGAGCGCGCGAGCAGGCCGAGUGCACGUUUGCCCCCGACUUGCCGAUUGAGGUGCGCCCACCAGAUGUCGUUGCCCAACGCCUGUACGAGCAAGGCCUCGAGCAAAGGCGAGAGCGCGACGAGCGCGUCCAUGCAGCGCGACUGGCCAAACAAGCGCAGGUCGACCGCGAAUGCACGCGCCCCGAGAGCCCAAGUGCUGCCGACCGACUGCAAGCCUUUCUCGCGCUGCCGCCUCCCAAGCCUGUCGAUGGCUUUGAGAAGGCCGUGCAGUCGCUGCGCCGCGGCCACGCCGAGCGGGCAUGGCGCAAGGCGAGAGGCGACUCGCCCAUCGCACUGCACUUGGACGUGACCAAGUUCCGGUCCGAGGACGGCCGCACCACGGUGCCGCAGCCGUUCCACUUGACCUCGACGACACCAAAGGAGGUCCCAUCAGCGACCAUUCGCCGGCGCCGCCAUAGCCAGUGGCAGCGCGAGGCAGCGGCGGCUGUCGAGGAUGACGACGACGACCAUGUCCGUGUCCAAGUCCACAUUUCGCCGACGCUCGUCCACACGCUGGACGUGUACGCUGACAGCGAUGUGCCGACUCUCGUGAGCCAAGUGGUCACCGACACGCGGGUGUAG